UUCACGAAGCAACUCCGAAUUGCAAAUUUAAAGGUCGACCUACAUUUCGACUCGAUCAUCCUUGAAACUGAAGAGAUUCUUCUGGCACGUUAAUUAGAAGAUUUCAUGGGCAAUGAACUGCCCUGAUCGCAUCACAGAGCUCAUUUCGUUGACGCGCGUAUAGGUCGCGAGAAAAAGAUAUGGAAAUCACGGUUCGAUCAGUGUGACUUUUUUGAACAAUGAUGCACCUUAAUACGCUCGAAUAUUCCAUCGUUACAUUGUUUAUCCUGUGUCGUGCGAGAUAAGGGUCGACCAUGGUAGACAAAUUGCACGAGUACGAAGGACUCAUGGGCAGAAUUCAUGGUGUUCGCGACACCAUCAAGGAACGAUGGAGCGUGUGGAAGGAGUGGAAAAACGGUUUGAAUCUGGAUCAAGGCCUAGAUGGGCUGAGACAUCAUUUACGGGGACCACCCAAAUUAGAGAGUACUUUGGACGAUUAUUCUCACAUCUAUAGAAAGAAGACCCGCGCCGAACUGGUAAGAGUUUCGGCAGCUGUUAUGGGGAUCGAGUUCUCGUAUGCGGCGGAGACGGCUUUCGUCUCGCCGACGUUACUCAAAAUCGGCGUCGAUCACCAGCACAUGACGCUGGUGUGGGCAUUGAGUCCUCUUGUGGGCUUCUUCGUGACGCCCAUUCUUGGCAGCAUGAGCGAUCGUUGUAAACUCAAAUACGGCAGGAGACGACCCUUCAUUCUCCUGUUGGCUCUGGGAGUUUUUAUAGGUCUCAUCUUGGUGCCAAAUGGUGAACACAUCGGCUAUGUCUUCGGCGAUACUUCGGUCCAUACGAACGAGACGAUCCCACUCGGACAUCGCACAACGGCGAAGCUACCCGAGGAGGUAAUAUCCGGAUCUGAAAGGGCUUCCUCGCAUUCCUGGGGCAUCUUCUUCACUAUUCUCGGCACGGUGCUGCUCGACUUCGACGCUGACGGCUGUCAAAGUCCAGCGAGGGCGUACCUUCUCGACGUCACUGUACCUGAGGAUCAUGCUAAAGGCCUAAGCACGUUCACCAUAAUGGCAGGAUUGGGAGGAUUCAUGGGCUACGGUUUGGGUGGCAUCAAUUGGGAUGCCACGUCGCUCGGUGUUAUGCUAGGCGGACAUCUGCAUGUCACCUUUACUCUCAUCACGAUCAUCUUUAUCAUCUGUGUCAUAUGUACCAUUACCAGCUUUAAAGAGAUCCCUCUUGAACUACUCGAACGAGAUCAGUGUCGGAAAAUGAGCGAGCCGAAGGCUUCAGAAGAAAACCAAGGAACAGAGAAAAAACAAGAGGAACGUGAAAAAAUCAUCCCUGACGAGUCAAAAACAUACGGCGCCUUUGAUGUUGAGCACGAAACAGAUCCCUCUAAAACGGAAGAAUUCGUCCUCCGUCCGCUCCAGACGCAACCCUCCGACUGUUCCGAGGAACCAGUCUCCGAAGGCAGUCACAUCAAUUACGGCUUCGAUGAUGUCGAGGGUGAAGUAAACCACACGGCAUCUUUGAAAGAGUACCUGCUGUCCAUCAUUUACAUGCCACGCAGUCUUCGCCAGGUGUGCCUGACGAAUCUCUUCUGCUGGAUGGCGCACGUCUGCUAUUCCCUAUACUUCACGGACUUCGUAGGCGAGGCGGUGUUCGGCGGGAAUCCGCAGGCACCCGCGGACACCGACGAGCGUGAGCUUUACGAGGAGGGCGUGCGAUUCGGAUGCUGGGGCAUGUCCAUGUACUCGUUGUCCUGCUCGUGCUAUUCACUGAUCAUCGAGCGGCUGAUCAAGCGUUUCCGAGCGCGUAAAGUUUAUAUCUACGGGCUGCUCUUCUAUAGCGUCGGUAUGCUUCUGAUGGCUGUGACGAAGCAUCCAGCUGGCGUUAUCCUCUUCUCAUGGACCGCUGGCGUCAUGUAUUCUACAUUGUUCACCAUGCCCUACCUACUUGUGGCGCACUACCACGCGUCUUCGACUUUCGACCUGACGACUGCGGGCGAUGCAGUUUCCGGCGGUUUUGUGCGCGGCCUGGGGACCGACGUCGCCAUUGUCUCCUCGAUGGUAUUCCUCGCACAGUUCCUGCUGUCCUGCUGUUUGGGCACGAUCGUUAGCUUCACGGGCACUACCGCAGCGGUAGUUUACGUUGCCAGUAUCCUGGCGAUGUGCGGCGCGGCCUCGGCCACGCAAAUUAUGUACCUGGAUCUGUAAAUCUUGCUCGUC